ACUGAAAUACUCACAAUUUGACACACACACUAGACUAAACAAAAACAUUCAGGUUAAGAUGGAGUCAAACCGCAAGCGCAGAGGGUUCAUUAAGGGGAAGCUGAUGCCUCUAUACCGAGUGGGGAGGUCUUCCUCCAACGUACAAUACAGUAGCAAAGUUAUGAAGCCGAGCCAGCCAUCGGCGGCGACUGCUUCAGUGGGUUAUGUCGUCCACCAUCAUCAGGACUAUGUAGUUGCUCAGCCUCAGCCUCAGCCAAAGGUUUCGUUUAUUGUACAAGCUGAUAACAAUCGUGAGGUGAACCACUUUGAUAACCUAUUUGGAGAUGAAAUGGUCGAUGACAAAGCUGCAAGCUACAUCUCUUCUGUUCAAGAACGUUUCAAGCUUGAACGUAGCAACUCAGCCAAGACAGUGAGCGUUUGA